GCGGCGGAGAGGCUGUGCAUUAUUAUCGCCGACAUAACGGUUCACCCGGGGAUACUCAACAACUAUAAAAGGGGUUUUAUUCAUCCAUUGAUUCAACUAUCAAACAUUCAAUUAAUCAGAAAUUACACCAGCAAUUGAUAAUGUCCAAGGAUUCAAUUAUUUUACAUUGGUUAAACGCAUCUCGUUCUCAAAGAGUCGUCUGGCUCUUGGAAGAAUUAAAGAUCCAAUAUGAAUUGAAAUUUUACAAGAGAAAUGCAUUCCACAGAGCACCUAAAGAAUUAGCUGCCGUUCACCCCUUGGGAAAAUCUCCAGUUAUUGAAGUUGUCAAGGAAGGUGGCGAAAAGACCGUGAUUGCUGAAUCUGGUCACAUUUUUAGUUACCUUUUACGUCACUACGAUCACGACAAUCACCUUUCUCCUACGGAUCCGGAUGAGAAGGAAGAAUUGGAUUAUUUCUUGCACUAUGCAGAAGGUACUUUGGAACCUUUCUUAGUUGGUGUUCAUGUCAACGAGAUUGCCAAGAAGAAAGCACCUUUUGGAACCAAAUUCCUUAUGGGGAUGUUAGUUAAUGGUAUCAACCAGGCUUAUUACACUCCUGGAGUUGCAUCAAAUAUGGACUUCUUGGAACAAACCAUGAAGAAGCAACACGAAAAGGGAAAUAAGUAUUUUGUAGGAAACAAGUUGUCUGCUGCUGAUAUUAUCCUUUCAUUCCCUGUCAAUUCUAACUUUUUUGCAAAUAAAGAACAAGCAGAUCUGAUUGUUGGAACUGACAUUUCCAAGAAAUGGCCACACUUGAAGGAAUGGUGUGAAGUAAUUGACAAAGAGCCAUUGCAAAUCCAGGCUAAUAGCAAAGUUGAAAAGUGGGAAUCUUCCUUGUCUCAGUCUGUUCUUUAAUUCUAUUGUAUCUAGGUUUGUUGGAUAUACGAAUUCGCUUUGUUUUAAUGUUUGUCUUCUUUCGGGUUGGCACUUUUGUGCACUUGACACCAUAUGUAAACUGCAUCUAGUUUCUCAUCGAACAAACAACCCCUAAAUCUAAUUCAUGUGCGAAACAAUCUCAUUCGUUUUGUUUGCGAUGUUAGUUUGAUGAUUUUACCUAAUUAAGAAGUUCAAUUUAUUUUUUCUGCACCAUUGAUAGAAAAGCCUCUGGUUUGCAAUCAACGAAAUUGCCUAAAUAGGACAACAGCGAAAACCAAUUAGACCGACCCACAUUGAAUGAUGGUAAUGGAUCGUGUAUAAAUAAGACAUCGAUGGCAAUUUCCCCAGAUUCGCAAUUUAUAUUUAGAACACUUUCUUUUACAUAUUCCAAUACUACAUUAUUUUU